GGCACGACCAUUUUACGCACAUGCGUCGUGGACCCUGCAUAAUUCUUCUCCUAUCCACGAUAUAGCGGUUUCGGACGAUGGUCAUCUCAGUGCAGAUGGCGGAUUCGAGAUCAGUAUCCACAGGCGUUACACUCCAAGUUAAUAUUUGCUACCCGACACCGGAGAAUUCCACGAAAUUGGCGAUCCUCUUGCAUCCCUGGUCGUGGCUUGGGGGCAACAUGGAUGAUCCGACUCUGAAGGUGCUCACCAGAUUGUUACAACAAAAGAACUACUACGUGAUACGGUAUAAUUCUCGAGGUGUUGGCAAGUCCAGUGGAUGGCCUUCCCUCACAGGCAAACCGGAAGGCGAUGAUCUCAAGGCUCUCGUUCAGGAGUUCUUGGCAGAGAAACCUGAAAUUGAUUCUUUGACGGUUAUUGGAUAUUCUCAUGGCUCUUUGAUAGCCUCUCUCCACCCGGUCUUGAACCCGAAAGUGAAAACAUCACACAUACUGCUAUCCUACCCGAUCAGCCCAAGAGGAUUGCUGACCAUGUUCCACACUGGCAUGUACACUUCGGCAUUAAGUGACAUCUUGUCCAAUCCCGACGCCAGUCUACUUCUCAUAUACGGAGACACGGACGAGUUCACGAGCAAGUCCAAAUACGAUGAAUGGGUUGAUACACUGAGGCGAACUGAUGGCUUGAAGGCUAAGUUUGAUGUUGUUCGGGUGAUGGACGCGAAUCACUUUUGGCAAAGUCACAGCGCUAGAAUUGCGUUACAGCAGGCUGUCGACAGUUGGAUAUCCUAAUGCUAUCAUGCCAAUCGCUGCCUCUAUAUAUUAUGUCUUGCACCAUGUUACUGUCAGUAUUAUAGCCUCGACGAUCUUGUCAUCCUUGUUUCAACUUUCCGUUAUUUGCCUAGCAAUAUAUUUGGUGCUACCAAAA